ACGCUGUAAUAUAUGUAUGUUUGGUAGAGGGGAUAUUUCGGUGCAAACAAUUGUGACAUCUGUGAUACUUUUACCGGUAACAAUAGGUCGAUUUAAAAUUAAAUGUAAGAAUGGAUUUUAACAUUCCGAGAAAUGUGAUAGUUAUUGGGCAGCGAAACGAUAUUUCCGAUGGACUGAUCGAGAUUGCUAUAAAUUUAGCUGACGAUGGAAAAACCGUUUGGUAUUUGGCCUCGAAGCCUGUUGAUAAAUUGCCGGACAUAUUUUUGCGUCAGGACCGAGACACUUUAAAGCGAAUCAUCUUCACAUACUGCAAAUCGCUUGAAGCACUCAACCAAAAGCUAAUGAAUUUGGAUAACACUUCCAAUGUGAACGCAAGUUUAAUAAUCGUUGAGCCGUUGCAUACGUUCUUUCCCGAUUCAGUGGCCAGAAAUUCCGAUCAUUUCUUGCAAGCUCACGCGAAAACGCUGGCCAUUCUACAGAGCUGUGUUUGUAGUUUAAAUGGACGCCCCAACGGAUCAUGCUGGAGCAUUGCUUCGUUGGACGAUAGUGUCGGCUAUAGUGGGGAGUGUGUGGCAACAUUAAUCGAUUUAUUUUAUUAUAAGAAAAACUGUGUGAGAGCAGCCGACACAUCGAUCGUUCGUUGGUUCGAAGAUUUUCGAAUAAAAUUUUGUUAAAACAGUCCCAAUGUUCAAACUUUGAUCACGUUCAAGAGAUGUUGCGUUGGAAAUUUUGUAUUGACCGAAGAAAAAUAUAAAA